GCAGUUACUACAACUAUAAAUUACCACGUUCAAUUCCUAAAGAGUUACAGCUUCAUGAACAAUGUCAGAUCCCGUUCUUCCACUGCAUACUUUGCAACAUCGCUCCAGUCCCUCUUUCUCAGCUUGUAACACGAGCAAAGCUUCUGUCACAGCAACACAAUUGAAUGUCCCCCAGUAUGACUUAGAGCAGCGUCCAUGGAAAUAUCUUGGUUAUCGAGUGUUUUCUCGGUGGGUUGCGUCCACAGACGCAUUCCUGAUUGUCCGGCAAUUUUCGACCCUGAACGCCAGAAUCAUUCUAGCACUCCAAGACGACAUCAGUUUGCUAGAACAACAACUUGACACCAUCGAGAGGAAAUAUUCUGAAGUUGGCCCUGACGAUUAUAAUAAUGGUUCCUUCCGUCAGGAAAUCUUCAUGGACCGCAAGAUUCUACUUGAUAAGAUCUUCAUCGCUCUGGAAAAGUACAACAGCUUUAUCAAUGAGUACUACAAACUACAGCAUCACCCUCCUGCUCCAAAACUUGAUAUCAGAAGCGUCAAGCGAUGGCUCGAAGUGAACCAUCCCGACGCAAUCUCUAAGGAUGAGGCUGCGUAUAUUAAUCACAGCGAUGACCUGAUUUCUGUUCGACCAAGAUCCAAGUCACCUAUACGUCGAUACCUUGAGUCUGUCUGGUGGAGAACAGGAUUCUUUCCAGGUAUCUUUAAGAGGCAACCAAGCGAUGAGCUCGUUGUUGAUGGAUUAACCUUUUGGUAUAAUGAUGAUAAUAUCGAAGCUUUCGCAUCGAUCGUUAUCGGUAUUGCGGGUCUGAUUAUGUUCAUUGUCCCCUUCUGGGCUCUCGAUGUGAUUAGCAACACAUUAUCCAAACUUGGCCUGAUCACAGGAUUUGUAGUCUUGUUCUAUUGCAUGGUUACCUUAUGUACAACCGCAAGAUCAUUCGAAACUCUUGCGGCGGCUGCUGCGUACGCAGCAGUUCUUAUGGUAUUUAUACAAGUCAGCUCUAAUACUGCUAAGUGAACGGCCAUGUAAAAUGGUAGACCUUUAUUUCACGGCUGAGGAGGAAGUUAGGAAGUUGUUACGAACUGGAUACCAAAUGUUAUUUCUUCCUUUCCAUUUUGUUAUGCAAGCUCGGCUCCGUCUAAGUCCUUGUAGGUAAGGACGAUCCGCGAGACUAUAGAGGCGCGGGCGUCAAGUGAAAGAUUGUGCUCUGAACUGAGGAUACAAGUGUGAUAAUAUUAUAUCUAAUAAGUAGCUGG